GGCUCUCUUUCCCUCUUUCCUUUUUUUUUUUCCUUCGCUCGCUUUUCUGGCACAACUAAUUGUGUCUUUUUCUCGGCUGUUUAGUGGCCCAAUUACUGUGAUUUCAUAGUCCCGGUGGUGCCCUUGUAAGCCGUCUUGUAGAUGCCCAUGCAUUCAUUCCUUCUGGCCCGACUUUGCUACUCUCGACGCGCAGCUUGCGACAACGCUUGCUCUCGACGCCCUACGCGUGCUUGCUUCCCCUCAAUCGUGCCCCUUUCCCAUGGGAGACUGGGGGCUAAGAACUGGUCGAUGCACAUUCCAAGUGGUGUUCCUAUCGCUCUAUCGCCGGGAGAAAUGUGCAAGAACUCAUGUGGUGCCUUAAACCCUCGACUCUUUCCAUCCUAGCAUUUCGGGUGCCGUCGUGAUGCUUUUCGCAUCCACCACCCCAACUUCAAUUGCAUCCCCAUCCCAUCCUCCAAUGCAAUUUUCUAGUUCACUGAAUGUGAUAUGGAGAUCAAGGACAGGCUUAUGGUUUACAUUUUGCACACAAAUGAAGGAAACCUGUAGUUGCACCUGGAUUCUGAGGGGGCCAUUCACGCUGGGCUCCUGAUCCCCCCCUCCCAAUCCGUGU